UUGCAGCUUCAUGUAGAGUCCUGGCAUUUAGAAAGAACAUUCUUCUUCGUGUGGGAUUUCACGCUCCUGUCAUCUUGUUUCAAAGGGUGUAAAUGACUAAGGUCAGUGACUCAUGUAGGAAACGUUGACUUGGUGCAGCACUAGCUCAGCUCUGGUGCAGCUCUGGUGCAGCUGUGGUGGUGUCUCUGUGCUAACUGACGAGCGAGCCGUCCUGAGGGAGAGUGAGUGACAGCUGGGGAAGCCUCCGCCCAGAGAGCCGCCGCCGCCGCCACUGCGCGUCUAUCCGGCUGCUACAUCUCCCUCUCCUCGCUGCUGAAGGCUGCAGGAAUGCCCGACAACAUCCCUCUACAACCCGUGAGACGACCGAAAAGACACGACAGUAAAAACAGACAUGGGUGCUGCCCGUGGUCAAGAUGCUGUGGCAUGGGGGACUUGCGUCCCCGUACCGUGUGGCUUGGCCACCCAGAAAAGAGGGAUCAGAGGUACCCCAGGAAUGUCAUUAACAACCAGAAGUACAACUUUUUCACCUUCCUGCCUGCGGUGCUGUACAAUGAGUACAAGUACUUCUUCAACUUGUACUUUUUGCUUUUGGCCUGCUCUCAGUUUAUUGAAGAGCUACGUUUGGGUGCCCUCUACACCUACUGGGUCCCAUUGGGCAUUGUUUUGAUUGUCACCAUCAUGAGAGAGGCAGUCGAAGAAAUAAGAUGCUAUCUUCGAGACAAAGAGGUGAACUCUCAGAUUUACAGCAAGCUGUCGACAAGAGGCACAGUCAAGGUCAAAAGCAGCGGUAUUCAAGUCGGGGAUCUUAUAAUUGUGGAAAAGAACCAGCGUGUUCCUGCUGACAUGAUCUUUUUAAGGACCUCUGAAAGAAAUGGCUCCUGUUUCCUGCGGACUGACCAACUGGACGGAGAGACGGACUGGAAACUACGCCUCCCAGUGGCCUGCACGCAGAGACUGCCGACUGCUGCCGACCUCCUCCAAAUCAGAUCAUAUGUGUAUGCAGAAGAGCCAAACAUUGACAUCCAUAACUUCAUUGGAACUUUUACCAGGGAGGAUGCAGACCCCCCUGUCAAUGAGAGUCUCAGCAUUGAGAACACCCUGUGGGCCAGCACUGUUGUCGCCUCUGGCACAGUGGUGGGGGUUGUGAUUUACACAGGAAAGGAGCUGCGCAGUGUCAUGAACACCUCCAACCCAAGGCACAAGGUGGGUUUGAUUGACCUGGAAGUGAACUGUUUGACUAAGAUUCUAUUUGGGGCCCUGGUGGUGGUGUCACUGGUCAUGGUGGCUCUCCAGCACUUCGCCGGCCGCUGGUACCUCCAGAUCUUUCGCUUCCUGCUGCUCUUCUCUCACAUCGUGCCCAUCAGUUUGAGAGUCAAUCUGGACAUGGGAAAGAUGGUUUUCAGCUGGAUGAUCAAGAAAGACUCCAAGAUCCCUGGGACGGUAGUGAGGGCAAGCACCAUACCUGAACAGCUUGGACGCAUCUCCUACCUGCUGACCGACAAAACAGGGACUCUUACCCAAAAUGAAAUGGUGUUCCGGCGGCUCCAUCUUGGAACUGUGGCAUAUGGAAUGGACUCAAUGGAUGAAGUACAGAGCCAUGUGUUCAGCGCCUACACACAGCCCACCCAUGACCUUCCAGCCUCCAGGGCUCCGGCAGCAACUAAGGUCCGCAAGACCAUCAGCAGUAGAGUUCAUGAGGCUGUAAAGGCCAUCGCCCUGGUGCACAAUGUAACACCAGUGUAUGAGUCCAAUGGGGUGACGGACCAGGCUGAGGCUGAGCAGCAUUAUGAAGACACAUGCAGAGUCUACCAGGCAUCCAGCCCAGAUGAGGUGUCACUGGUGCAAUGGACGGAGAGUGUUGGGCUGACACUGGUGGGAAGAGACCAGUCCUCCAUGCAGCUGCGGACCCCUACUGGCCAAAUCCUGAACUUCACCAUACUUCAGAUUUUCCCCUUCACCUACGAGAGCAAGAGGAUGGGCAUCAUUGUUCGAGAUGAAUCAAAUGGAGAGAUCACUUUCUAUAUGAAAGGAGCUGAUGUGGUGAUGGCAGGCAUCGUCCAGUAUAAUGACUGGCUGGAGGAGGAGUGUGGAAACAUGGCGAGGGAAGGUCUGAGGGUCCUCGUAGUGUCCAAGAAAUCCCUGACUGAGGAGCAGUAUCAAGAUUUUGAGGCACGGUAUGUCCAGGCCAAGCUUAGUGUCCAUGACCGCUCUCUGAAGGUGGCCACUGUCAUUGAAAGUCUGGAGAUGGAAAUGGAGCUGCUGUGUCUGACAGGGGUGGAGGACCAACUUCAGACUGAUGUCAGGCCCACCCUGGAGAUCCUGCGCAACGCAGGCAUUAAGGUUUGGAUGCUGACAGGAGACAAGCUUGAAACAGCCACGUGCACUGCAAAGAACGCUCAUCUGAUCACCCGCAACCAGGACAUCCAUAUCUUCAGACCCGUGACAACGCGAGGGGAAGCUCACCUGGAGCUCAACGCCUUCAGGAGAAAACACGACUGCGCCCUGGUGAUAUCAGGAGACUCGCUUGAGGUUUGUCUGAAAUACUACGAGUAUGAGUUUAUGGAGCUCGCGUGUCAGUGUCCUGCUGUGGUUUGCUGCCGCUGUACCCCCACUCAGAAGGCUCAGAUAGUGCGGCUUCUACAGGAGCGCACAGGCAAACUCACCUGUGCUGUAGGGGAUGGAGGAAACGAUGUCAGCAUGAUCCAGGAAGCCGACUGUGGCGUGGGAGUGGAGGGAAAAGAGGGAAAGCAGGCCUCUCUGGCCGCUGACUUCUCCGUGACUCAGUUCAAAAAUCUAGGCCGUCUCCUCAUGGUCCACGGUCGGAACAGCUACAAAAGGUCCGCAGCUCUCAGCCAGUUUGUCAUCCACCGGAGCUUGUGCAUCAGCACCAUGCAGGCCGUCUUCUCCUCUGUUUUCUACUUUGCUUCAGUCCCACUCUACCAGGGAUUUCUGAUUAUUGGCUACUCCACGAUCUACACCAUGUUCCCCGUCUUCUCCCUGGUCUUGGACAAGGAUGUUAAGUCAGAGGUUGCUAUGCUAUACCCAGAGUUAUACAAAGAUCUCCUAAAGGGUCGACCACUGUCCUUCAAAACCUUUCUAAUAUGGGUGCUAAUAAGUAUCUAUCAAGGGAGCAUCAUCAUGUACGGGGCACUGCUGCUCUUUGAGUCAGAGUUCGUCCAUGUCGUGGCCAUUUCCUUCACCUCUCUAAUCCUGACCGAGCUGCUGAUGGUGGCCCUGACCAUCCAAACGUGGCACUGGCUCAUGAUAGUUGGCGAGCUCCUGAGCUUGGCCUGUUACAUCGCCUCCCUCGUCUUCCUGCACGAGUUCAUCGACGUGUACUUCAUCACAACCGUGUCGUUCCUGUGGAAGGUGACCGUCAUCACGCUGGUGAGCUGUCUGCCUCUGUACAUCCUCAAGUACCUGCGGAGACGUUUCUCCCCGCCCAGCUACUCCAAACUGACCACAUAAAGAGUGGGAGGAGCCUCGGGCCUCGUUUAAAGGGGGGAACGCGGGAGGUCACCCCCCCCUGUCUUCAUCUUGAGAAUCAAGCAUAGGUUCCUUCCCUCUAAUUUGUUCGUCAGGGACGGGUUGUUUACUGAGGGAGACGGGCAGUGUUACUCGCUGCAUGUGUCUGAUGCAAAGACUAACUAACGGCUGCGAAUUAUGAGUUUGCAAGGUUUUGUCUUAUUUACAGUCGGUGCUUCUGUCUGUACUAUAACAAUGUGGCCAUUGCCUCUAUGUAAUAGAUCAAGAUGCCAAUAAGGAAAAUGAUGUCUGUCAAGUUCAUUUUGUAAUGUCUAAAAACCACUUCAGGGAGAAGCAACCUGAAAAGUCAAAUGCCAUUUGAGGCUGGAAUUUAAUUUUCUCUCAUUUCCAGUUGUUUUUAUUAGUGGGCUCUAAAACUGAUGUAGCAUUCUCACUCAACCUGAUUCACACUCUCCUCAAACAGUCAUUUCCAAAGUUUACCGGCUAGACUUUGCAUAAAACACACGUCUACGUGUGUGUGUGUGUGUGUGUGUUUGUUUAUGCGUCACCCUGAUGCUGCAGCCCGACAUGGCGGAGGUGGCGUGGCUGUUUAUUUUCGAGUGACCUGUGGUGUCUGAUGUUAAAUCUGUCUUUGUGUCGUCGUACGGGGCCCCGACUUGUUUCGUGUUUUUGGAGAGCGGUCUGACGCAGCCACAAAGGAGUGCUAGUUAUUUUCAGCCCAAACCUUCUGGCUGUGUGGAUGCGUGUCCGCAGAGGAAUGCGCAGUGCCUCAUGUGGCCGCUCAGGCCGGCCGGCACAACCACGCUUUCAGCAUUGCAUGAUGACUCACUUUAACAGUGACCUAAAGCCAUAAAUGAAAAUCCCUCUGUGACCAGUGUCCAGCUGUCCCCGCUUUCAUGCCAUCUAAUCUAAUCUAAUCCAAGGCCUCCUCACUCUUCACUGCGAACUAACCCUCACAUUUCAGCUGUGAAACAAAGGGAACCAAUGACAACUGUGUGAAUAUUGUUAAUAAGUAUUACUUAAACUGCAAAUUGUACAUUUCUUGUGGAUAUUCAUUUCAAUCUUCUGGUGGUGCGAUGAUCGAGCCACUGUGAAUAUUUAAGAACUAACAUCAUCACAUGACCCCAUUUAUUUCAAAGUUGAUUUAGAAGAGGAAAGAGAAAAAAAAACAUCUUGUCAUGAUGCAGAACAUUCAAAACAGAAGGUGCCAUAACUCAUCGGUUAAACUAAACCUUUAAUCUUCACUGAACUCAGCAGGUUUGCACAGGAUUUUUUUUUUAAUGACUGAAUGUUUUUUUGUUGUAAAAAAAAAAAAAAAUACAAAAACAAUUUGGUUGCUUGUAAAUAACAGUGAUACAUUUUUAAUUUAUUCAGCUAUUUAAUUAAUUUAAUAGUGCCGGUUGCACUCGGUCAAAAAGUAUCAAUGUUGUAAUGAUGAUGACCAUUAAUAAACCCUUUCUUGUCUCCUUUAUUUCUUAUUUCACAUUACUUAUCGACUGUCAUUUUAAACCAGAUUAAAGGUUUCAACGUCC